AUGCCUGGAAGACAACAAAGAGCCCGUUUCCGAGCCACGAAACGACUCCAAAAGCCUACGUUCGCCUUUCUCGAGCUUCCUGCCGAGCUCCGCAACAAGGUCUACGAAUUCACCCUCACCUUCACGGACGGUAUCAAAUAUGUCAACCGACAACUUCACAAGGAGGCAGCUGGUUUAGAGGUCCAAUACAACCGGCUCACCUUCGCAGAGUAUCCAUACCCGGCCGACAAUGGCGGGUUAACAGCGAUGGAGAUCUUCAUGGGCUCAUGCACACGACUGCGGCGACGCUGGAUUACUCAGAUUGCCUUGGAAGGCGUCUGCAUACCGGACUAUACACUUUAUCAAACUCCACUAUUCCAGUGGACAGACGAUUACAUGAGGAACAGCCAGAUAUUCAAAUUCUGCGAAGUGCUGCCCCAUAUACGCGUCGACUACCACUAUCCCGGGUUUGCCUACACAGAGGGUACCGACUUCGCCUCUCCCUCGACAUUCGUCACCUCGGCCUCAAUCAUAAUGCGCCUAUUUAGAGGUACCGAUAUCUCACAUCUGGACAAGCACCAUGAUAGUGGCAUUAUGGACAACGGUGAGCUCGAUAGAGAGUUGGAAGUACUAUUUGGUGUCGCGACGUGCAAUGAACUCAAACUCCUCGCGACCAAGGCUCCCAAACUUCGAUUCUCCCCGGUUAAUAAAGUCCUGCCUGCCCAGCAGUUCAGCGAUGCCGCGGAGCAAGAGUGGGGCGUGCGCAGAGGUGGAUUAGAGACGGUAUUUAGCACGGUGGCAGUGCUUCAGGUCACUUCAGAGCUUGUGCAUGAAAAGGGCGACUGCAGUCAGGAGUAG